ACCAGUACUGCCACUGGACUACACCGGUACCACCAUAAGCACCAGCGUCGGCAAUACACUGGUACGUGUUCUUCUCACCUCGCUUGGUCUUUGUUCUUCCUCUGCCGUCUACGUUCUGUUUUGUUUCCUUCUUUGUGCUUUUUCCCUUUCUCUAAAGGAUCAAUUUCUUCUCUAUCUUACCUCUUUCUCUGCGUUCUCUUCGAUUUCUCUCUCCGAAAUCUCCACCCUUUACAAUUCAAGCUUUAGAUUCGAGAUCCUCAUCUCUUCCUCGUGCCCCAGCACUCCUCCCUUUCGGUUCUGGCAUUGUGAUUUCAUUACCGAAGUUUGCCAUUACCAAAGAAAGGUAUUCGGCACAGUAAUGGCAAUGAAUUUCAUUGCCAAAAAUUUUUGUUAACCGAGAAUUUCACCGGUAGGAUACCUUGCCCUACCGGUGCCCACCCCCUCCUUAUUCUUAAAACAACAAAAGCCCUCUCUCUUCUAAGUUCAGAAUCCUCUCUUUCUAGCUUUUCUCUCCAGAGUAAACAAUAUCUCGAAUUUGUGUAAAAAAUCUGCCCAAAUAUGUUGCUGAGGAUCGGCUCUGAGAGUUUUUUUCACGGAAAGGAGAAAUUACAGAUGCCAAGCUCAUGCGCACCAAAGAUGGUAAGAGCAGACAAUUUGCUUUUGUUGGGUUUCAGACGGAGCACGAAGCUGAGGAAGGUAUUAAAUACUUCAACAAGUCUUAUCUUGAUACUUUUAGGAUCACAUGUGAGUCGAUGUGCGUUAGUAGUGAUGCACAAACUACAUAUGCUAAACGUGAUGCCUGCAUGUUAAGAAACAUAGAAUUCAGGAAGAUAAUGAUGGAACUUGGAAUGUAAUAAUUUCUCCCGUUUGCUUGAUUUCAAAGUUCUGGUGUAUCAGCCUACAGAACUGUAUGUCUUGAAAAGAAAAGAAAAGAUGUAAUUCUAGCUUGGUGUCACAUCUUCAUAUAUGGUCUUAAAAGUUAAAGCUUGAAAACACAUAGAUGUAUUCUUAUUGGUCUCUGCUUGUCUAAAAAUCAUUGAUAAGCACAGCACUGUAGACACUAGACACGAUAAAAAAUUGACGCUAUACAGGUUAAUGAAAAUUUUAUUAUUCCCCUAGUUACUGUAAUUUUUCAACUAAUACUUAUAUGGAGAAAAACACAUUAUUGGAACACUUUAAAUUAGGAAAGCAAUGACCUCAGUUUCUCUCUUUUAGAUUGCUCGCAAAGUUGGAGAUCCAAAUUCUCCUCAUCCAUGGAAUCAAUAUUCCUCAAAGAAACAAGAGAAGGUGAUUGAUGUUGGAAACAAAACUCCUGUGCUAAAAGUUCCAGCCUUGUUGGCAAAAAGAAGUCUGUUUUUGUAGAUGUUGAGCAAAGUAAAACCAACAUAACAACAGAUAGCAAUGCAACUGAAAAAUGACAGAAUUUUGCACAUAAUGAUGUCAUUUCAGACAUGGAGUAUUUCAAAAGUAGAGUGCAGAAAGAUUGGUCUGACUCAGAAAGUGAUGAUGAUGCUAGUAACAGUGAUGCAGAAAUUGAUAAUACAAAUGAGGAUGUUGGUGGAAAAAGUGAUGAAUUUAGUGAUUUUCUUGAGGAAAGCCUUGGUAAAGAUUGUAAAGGAAUGUAAGAUAGCCUGUCAAAGGAUGUAGCUGAAGAAGGUCCUUCAGAAGAUGCCAAUGAUGAAAUUCUUGACCCAGAGAACCCAUCAUCAACUUUGAAAGAUGAUAAAGAUGGAGUUCUUGAAACUGGUUGUCUUUUUGUCUGCAAUCUGCCAGAUACAGCAACUGAAGAUGAGCUGGAGGAUCUCUUCAGCAAAUUUGGUAAUGUCUCACAGGUCCAUCUAGUUGUUAAUAAAGAUACAAAACGAUCCAAGGGAAUUGCAUAUGUCCUCACUUCCGGAGUCUGCAGCAAGGGCUGAUGUUUCCACAACCCAAGGUUCAAAAACUUUCAAGCAGAAAAGGGAGGAAGAAAGGAAGGCAGCUGAAGCUAGUGGAGACACAAGAGCUUGGAAUAGUCUAUUCAUGUGCCCUGAUACAGUAUGUUUUAACCAAAAUUAUGAAUAUUGCAAGUCUUUGGACUUGUCCUUUGCAAUUUCUAUUCAUUAUAUCCAUAAUGUAGAAUUGACUUUGCACGUAGUUUUAAGUGAAGCAGAAUAUAAUUUUUGACCUAGU